UCUUUUCUAAGUUCAUCUCCUAAACCCCACUGGACUCUGGCCCACUUCUGGGAUGACUUUGGAGACAGAAAUGUUUCAGAAUGUAUAUCCUGGCAGCCUAUGGCUGCUUCAACCACUGGCAGUUUUGCUGCUUCUGGCUUCUGCGGACAGGCAAGCUGCAGCUCUCCCGAAGGCUGUGGUGAGACUUGAGCCCCCGUGGGUCACCGUGCUCAAGGAGGACGACGUGACUCUGACGUGCUGGGGGGCCCACACCCCCGGGAACUUCUCCACCCAAUGGUUCCACAAUGGGAGCUCCAUUCCCACCCAGGUCCAGUACAGCUACAGGUUUAAGGCCAACAUCAAUGACAGCGGGGAGUACAGGUGCCGGACGGGCCAGAGCAGCCUCAGCGACCCUGUGCAUCUGGAUGUGUUUUCCGAAUGGCUGGUGCUCCAGACCCCUCACCUGGAGUUCCAGGACGGGGAAACCAUCAUGCUGAGGUGCCACGCCUGGAAGAACAGGCCUCUGGGCAAGAUCACAUUCUUCCAGAAUGGAAAAUCCAGGAAGUUUUCCUAUCGCAAUGCCAACUUCUCCAUCCCACAAGCAAACCACAGUCACAGUGGUGAUUACCACUGCACAGGAACUAUAGGACAGAUGCUGCGUUCAUCCCAGUCUGUGACCAUCACUGUCCAAGGGCCCAAAGCGAGCAACUCUUCUCCGAUGGUGGUAAUUGUGGCUGUGGUCACUGGGAUUGCUGUAGCGGCCAUUGUUGCUGUGGUAGCAGCCUUGACCUACCGCAGGAGAAAGCGGACUUCAGCUGAUCCCACUAAUCCUAAAAGAGCUGCCAAAGUUAAGCAGCCACUUGUAAGUCAAAUGAGUGACAUCAGGAUCAGGCAACCUGAGGAAACCAGCAAUGAUUAUGAAAUUACUGAUGGUGGCUACAUGACUCUGAAGCACAAUGCACCCACUGAUGGUGAUAGCAACAUCUACUUGACUCUUCCUUAAUGACAAAGUCAACAGUGAUAACGUUAUACCAUUAACGUUAUGCCAUUUGCCCACCCAAUGGAUCUCCACUGCUUGCUUCUGCUUUCUCUCAGUGUAGAAUACAACCACCUAUUCACUUCUCAUGCACCACAAAGCUCCAGAGAAAGAAACAGCACAAAUACAAGAACCUCAUUUAGUCUCCAUUGUCUUGCCGUGGGAUUUGGGAAGAGAAUCAGAGAGGAGAGGACCAGAGGAUGUUGCCGUUCCAAAGAAGGACUCUUCCAGAGUAAUCUACAUGAGUCCUGCCUGAAGCUCCCUGUCCUGAAGCCACAGACAACGUGGUCUUGGAUGACUGACUGCACCUUCUGUGCAAGGAAGACAUCUAGACUUCUGUUCUACAUUCACACAGCCAAUAAAAUUAGCAAAAUUACUGCUAAUAGGAGAUUGUAACAUGGAAAAUGCUUGUUACAGGUUCUAUGAGAACAAUUAUGUUUUUUAAAGAAAUUUUUUCUUUAGAUUUCAGUGCAGAUGAAGAAAACAAUUAUGUUAAGUAUAUUUGAUUUGAGAUGUUAGACUAAUCUAUACCAAUACGUUAGAAGUGAUUAUUUCAGGGUGAUGAAAUUAUCAGCGA